CGAAAAUCCGCGAUAACAACUCGCCAUUGCCCAUUUUCCGUGCGGCAAUGGCGCCUUAUACAAGUGCGGUGAGCUAGAAUUGUGGAAUAAGAACUAUAAUAGCUAGAAUUCUAGCUCGCAGUAUUGUGGCUGCCGUGACUGGCAUAGAUGCUUUAGAUGUUUGUGUCAACAGGUGUGUCGCAAUAUUCCAUCGUGUCACGACGGGAACAAUGAACGCAGUGGACGAGGACUGGAAAGUGGAGUGCAGCGACGAUGAGAAAUACCUGUCGCAGCGCGAUGACUAUGGUGGUCGAAGCUGGGAGCCUGCUCCCGAGGAUAUCAUUCGUUUGUACACAACUUUGGUUGAAAAAGGUACGCUCGAGCUGGAAUGGCGUUGCCCGGGCCGGCGUUCUCCGAGCGUCCAUUCGAACGAGUCGGAAGGAGCGGAGCGGCGCGCCGUGGAAGAGAACCAGACUAAGACGUCCGAACCAAACGAGUUCGACUUCGACGACGACGAAGGCCCGGACACCAGCUGCAGCCCGAAGAUUACGCCUCGGCGCCGAGCGGCGCCGCCUAGCAGCGUACAGAAGCGGGUCGCGAAAUUUGACAAGAUCGUUUUUGAUGUGCGCAGACAGCGCGAGCUCGAUGCCAUUGAUAAAAUCGAGCAGCGACAGCAGCCCCAGCAAGCGGAAAGCAGCUCGUCACCCAGCGUCAAGCGUUAAUGACGAGGCACGAAAUCGGCGGCGACGUUUUGUUCAUGCGUCGCGCUGUGACGACUUUCAGUCAAGUGCACAUUCGCUCUCUUAGUUUCGUGUCUGAAUGCGUUGUGCAAAGCACCAUCAUCCUUAGUACUGAUUCGAGCGAAGCAAAGCGUGAUACUAAAUUAUCCCCCGCCUUUUUUUCGUUUUUGCUUUAAUUAAUAUUUGUUUUGUGACGUGUGGAUAAAUUAUAUGGUGCCACUCGUACCCAGUGCUGUCAUAAAUUUUUGGCACGGGUCGGUAAACAGAGACAGAAAAGACGCUAAGGGCGCAUUCACACUUGCGAGUCGCAGAGGUCGUGCGACAGUCAGUCGCCUGCGACCAGGCAGCGGGUCGACAACACCGACGUUCACGCUUGCAAGGGCCAUAGAGGUUCAUACAAUAAUUACUAGAGGGAACUCUGGCGCUAGUGUGUACGGGAGCUGCAAUGAGAGUGGUUGUACCGUCAUAGGAAUUAUGGGAAGUACAUGGAUUUGCCUAAACUUCGUCCUUUUGGCUUCAAAUGGCUUUGUGAUUUUGUAAACUCGUUAGUUUCAACAAUGUGGCUUAAUGGUUUCAAUAUCAGGCGUCUGUGCUAGAGUUCCUGUGUUCGAAUCCUGCCGUCAGACAAUUUUAAUUAUGUUUAUUUAAUUAUGUGCUACACAGUACAUUGUUGAUGUACUGUGUAAUACAUAAUUAAAUAAACAUCGAUAAAAUUGUCCGAUGGCAGGAUUCGAACACAGGAACUCUAGCUCAGAAGCCUGAUAUUGAAACCGUUAAGCCACGAACGCAUGUAUAAAGUGAAUGAAAUGCCCUUAUGAAUUUAUUGCGGGCAUGCCAGUGCCUUCAGACCCUUGGAUCGUUUCUAUUUAACCACCUGGACAAACUCACUCGUUGCAAUAGCAAUUGUACAUGUUCGUGCGCGUUCGUGUGCGUAUUCUGCACGUUGAAGAGUAUAGAUUGCACUGAAGUUUACGACAAUAAGAUUCAUAUAGCAUAAUAUAGAAAGCCACAAGAACAUCUGAAUCCACAAGAACAAAUAUCAUACAAAUCCAUGUACUUCCCAUCGUUCCCGUCGUGGUACAACAACUGCAGCGCCAGAGUUCCCUCUAGUAAUUAUUGUAUGAAACUCUAUGGUAAGGGCCACCUCAGCGACCUGCGGGUCGCCUUCUCGCUUGAAACGAGAACUCUCGGGAAGGACAACGCUCACGUUUGCGGGCGUGUUCUCUGCUGCGACUGCGUCUCCUGCAUUCGAGCUCGGUGUGUUCUAAAAGUAAUUCUGAGCAAUGAAAUUGCCUGAAAAGAUGUUGCUUCUUCCACCGUGCAAGUCCUGCUCUUGCCAGUCUCUCAAGAUGAAUUUCUCAGAAGUCUGUGGUACUUACGAGAUAAGCCGAAUAUCUUCUCAAUCUCCAACCAUGCAAGCUCUUUCUUUGAUCUGUUAUUUAAAUCCGCAUGCCUCUUGUCGUUCAGAAAUAGGUACUCCUUCACCGCAUUCAGGAGGACCUCGGUGGAGUGCUUGGUUUUUCCUCCUCGAGCGAGUUUCGUUUUUGCCACCGGCAAUUACAACCAGAUGCACAAAGUCUUGUGCGCUCCUUCUGGGGCAUUGCUGAUUGGUUUAGCGGUUUGCAACUCGUAGUCACAAGGCUGGAAAAUCAAGCAGCGUGUGACUGGCCUCCAACCGUCGCUUUUCGACCAAUGCGACCAUUUGCGACUGUCGCAUUGUGACCAGAAGGGUCGCACGACCUCUGCAACUCGCAAGUGUGAAUGGACCCUAAAUUUUGCAUCAGUCACUAAAGCUGUCGCUAAACCUAUCGAGUUAAUUGCAAACACAGGCGUUUUGGAACAGGAUUAGCUAGCGUGGUAUGAAUCACCUAACAAAGUGUUUGUCUAAUGGCCACACAGAUGAGCAAUAAACAGUACAUUUACUGGCAAGGUUUAUAGGGCAUUUCAUUUUCUGAUAUACGUUCAGGUGGGUACACUGUUAGAGGGAACACAUGAGCGCGUGGCUCAUUUUCUGCGCAGCGUCAUGUACAAAAAGCACCGAAAACCAAGCGCAUGCACAAAAUGAUGCAGGGACAGUGCAUUCUGCGGGUGGUUCCACUGAACCACCCCUUUGCUUUUCUCACAUGCGGCCGCCCUGCCGUGCAAUUACAAGCCAAGAACCCUCCUCCGCUUAAUGAAGAAACAUUUAAUUUCAUGCACUGCCACCCAUGAGACGCAGGAAGCACACUACUGCAGUGACGUAGAAUGCAAAUAAGCAGGAGCAGAAUAAUUUUGUUUUGGAGAUGGUAUUUUUGGACAUGCCAAAUAACACCGCUGUGCUGUGUCUCACGCGAGCAUUCCACAGCCGGAAACACAUUCACAACACCAUCAGCAACGCCAAAUUGUUCAAUCUAUUUGCUUCAUGUGCUGGUGUCGCUCCCUCAGUGGCAUUUUGGAAGAAAAGAGCGACACCUUCGACCGAUUUAGGCUGUGUGUGUGUGUCCACAAUUCUGAUUCUCUGGUGGUAGAGAGAGAGUAAAAACUUUAUUGAAUAUAAAUAAAAUAAGGCGCGAUGGUUGGAGCCCCUAUUCCAGGGCCCCACUGGCACGAGCGGCUCGCUUGGCUUGGUCCAAAAAAGCCAACUGGCUCUCCCGACCCUCGUCCGCAAGCCACGCCUCCCACUGCCUAUUCUUCAUUAGUGGAUGUUGGUGUAAUAUGGGGCUGUCUAUGCGGAGGCCUCCUGGGGCACUCCCAUGUGAUGUGUUUUAGUGCUUUACACAGCUUUUCUAAACUCGUGAGACUGAGCGCGACAUAGCCAGACACCACUGAAACAUGCCGUGCACAACAGUGCCAAAAACAAGCUGUGGUGCGACUCGUGCUCAUUUCAUUGAGUCAGAUUUGCUUGGACAAGCGUAGUCGCUACAGCAUGCAUGCCUUUCUGCAGUUGCUCUGUCCGAUCCGAUUGUUAAUUCUGAAUCUCACCGUAUAAUUUUUUUGCAAUAUUGGUAAUUUUUUACAGCUGCGAAGGUUCACCAAUCAAGCAUGUUUAGUGAGACUGCAGAACCUGCGAGUUCUGCAAUGAUUUGAAGAUUCAUUCAAAUCGGUUUUACAAAAAGAAAAUUCAUUUUUGAGCACAAUGUGAGGCCUGCUAGGAACACCAUACUGUGAAGCACAAGCACUAUGUGAACACCACCAAUGUGAAGACAGCUGUUGCUUCAUCAUGGGGCGCUGUAUAUUUAAUUUUGGCCACAUGUUUGUAGAUUUUGAAUAUUAAAGGGCGUCCUCUACACCA